AUGACGGAAUACGGAACACAGAUAAUAGCAGAAUAGCAGAUCCGCCUUUGUUCACGCCCGAUCGUUGCAUGUAUCCCAAAUUUUUAAAUAUUCUGCAUCGAACAAGCGGAGUCUUAUCUUCAAAAAACAACAAUCUUGUAUUUUCAACGGUCAUCAGCAAAAGAAGAAAUUUAUCUUUUCAUCCGAGAAAUGGGUAUCGCAAAACUGGACACGUUUCAAUCAUUUUUCGAAGAUGUAGAGUCGCUUUGCGAAAUAGCUUUUAUCACAGAUCUGACAGCUGUCACCUAAAUACUUUGAACUUGAAGCUCCAACGGACUAAUCAAACAAUAUCUGAAUUAUAAGCUUCACAUUCAUCAUGGAAGCACACGCGCGUGCUCCAGAUCCUUUAACGAAAGAUGGUGACAUGGCCAGCAACUGGCAAUGCUGGAAAGAAGAUUUCAUUAUAUUUAUGAAAGUAACUGGAUAUAUGGAUAAACCCAAUGAAAUCCGUGCGAAUCUUUUAAAAAAUCGGAUCGGAAAAGUUGGUAUCGAGGCAAUACAAAAUAUAUCUUUUGACAAUAUGCAAGAUAAAGAUGAUAUGGACAUAUUGAUUAAAAAGCUCGAGGAAUACUUUAAUCCACCAAAAAAUGAAGUGGUUGAACGGCAUCAAUUUUUUACAAGAUCAAAGAAGCAAAAUGAGUCUAUUGAACAGUAUAUAAAUAUCUUGAAAGAAAAAGCUAAAACUUGCAAUUUUAAUGAUAUAACAGAGAGUAUUAUACGAGACAAAAUCAUUCUUGACACUCAAGACAAAAUACUACGUAAAAAAUUUCUUGAGGCAGUUAAUUUAGAUUUGUUGAAGCUAGUAGCGAUUUACAACGAUUUUAACAUUAAUACUGAAAAGAUGAAACAAGUUACUGCAGAAAAUAGAGCAGAACCUACAAGUUCUCCACAAAAACCACCGGAUAAUGAUGCGAAGAAAGUUUGUUGGAAAUGUAACCAUCAGCAUCCACACGGAAAGUGUUCCGCUUGGGGGUCAAAGUGUACAAAGUGUGGUGAUGUAAAUCACUUCACUCAAUGCUGCAAGAGUCCUAAAAUUAAGAUGAGUGAUAAUAAGGUGAAUAAAAAUUUACUAGAUUCAGUGCAACAAACAAAAUGUAUCCCAAAGAAAAAUAAAUGGAAUAAUGAAGCAGAUUCCGCAGUUAAAACUACAGAUUCAAUGACUAAAAUGAUCAAUCUUCCUGAUAUACCAACAUCUAGCAAUGCUGCAAAUCCAGCUGUCGGGAAUGACCCUUCAAAAAACAGACGCAAAAAAAAGAACGUGUAGAUGCUGCUCAAGUGUCGACCGAUUUUUUGCUACAUGUUACAAGACAUGAAGCAGCGCAUAACUCACUAACAUUCAGAAAGGAGCGAACAUCACACUGUUUCCACUGGUAGGCUUAAUAACAACAUCGUGUUGAUGCCUCACUAUUUGGCACUCUUUAUUUUAUACUUUCUAUAACUGUACGUAUUUCUCAACUCUAAGAAUCGCAAUAAAUUAAAUUAAAUUAAAUAUCUUUUCCAAGUCAACCAACGAGGCCGAGACCUCGCAAUAUUGUGCGAAUUUCAAUAAAUUAAACAAUUUUGAUUACAAAAUAAGUGUUGUGGAUUGAACUCCCAGAACCACGAAACAUAUAUAUAUAU